AUGAGUGAGAUCGCGGAGGGCUUGACGGCAGCUCAAGAAGAAGCACUCUACCGAGAGGGCACCAUUCCUCCCGUGGCGGAAGCGGAAGCGCUCGUCGCUAGGUCUCCAGCAUCCGAACAGGCACAGCUGUCUUUGAGACAAGAUGGCAAUAUUCAAAAUCCAGGUCACAAGUUUGGGUUACCCAAGAAGCCGUACCCCGAAGGCUUCAACAUGAAGCAAAGAUACCAUCCAGUCUUGGAGCAGCUCACUCGACUGCUCAUGCGGGACGGUAAGCUGAGUGUUGCUCAAAGGAAUGUUGCAACGGUGAUGAACUUCCUUCGAACGGCCCCCGCUCCCAUCUACAGCCCAAAGUUCCCGCUUUUGCCCGGGACGCCGCCAGCCUCGCACCUACCGUUGAACCCUGUUCUCUACAUCACCAUCGCCAUCGACUCGGUGGCGCCGUUGCUCAAGGUGCGGAACAUUGCAGGUGCCGGCGGCGGUGGCCGCGCACUCGAACUGCCCGUACCGCUGGCGGUUCGGCAACGAAGGCGGAUGGCAGUCAAGUGGAUCCUGGAUGUGAUUGAGAAGAAGCCAUCCAAGGAAAGCGGCAAGAAGCAAUUCCCUCACCGGAUCGCAGAGGAGAUUAUCGCCGUGGUGGAAGGACGGUCCAGCGUAUGGGAAAAGAGGAGGCAGGUUCACAAGCUGGGCACCGCUGCCCGCGCCAACGUGAACUCGAGAAAGCUCAAGGUCAAGAAGAAGAUGUAG